UCAAUAGCGUUCACAAAAUACUAUUCCAUUGUGAUUAUCAAAUAAGUGAAGUGACAAUAGAACCAUGUUAGGCAAAGUCGACGAAUCUCUAAAAUCAAUGUGUCAAGAAAUUUGGAGGCCAUUUUAUGGAUGGAUUGAAAAUUUCUUCAAAAAGGUGGCGGGUGGAGUAUUUCAUAGCUUUUAUGAUCAUGGAAUGGAAUGGUUAUACUUCUUUUCUUCAUUAUGCACCAUCAUUAAUCUGCCUCUUGAUAUAUACAUCUCAUACUUGUACUUUUAUCGGAAAUUUAAUUUUUUCUAUCCACAAGAACUGAACAUUGAAUUAAGUUUUGCUGGAAUGACAUUUGCAUCGAGUGUCUUUACUGUCUUUUUCAUGUGGACAACAGGAAAAACACUACUGAUUAUCACAGAAAAAGAAAUUGCAUGUAGAGCUGAAUUUGGGAAUGUAAAAAGCAACCAAGUAUCUCCGCAAGAUUCAUAUUAUGAUCAUGUUCAGGAUACAGAGGAUGGCGAAAGUUCAACAACAGACAAAGGAACUGAAAAAUCAGAUGAAUCCUCAACAAAAUUUAAAUCCAAUUGCAAAUCGACACAUUGGCAUGUGUUUCCAUGUUUCAAGAUGUUUAUUGAAUGCAUGUUCAUGAUUUCUGUUGGUCCAGCACAGUUGUAUCUCAUCUAUUCUUACGUGGUGCAAUGUUCAGCAAUUGUCGAGCCAGGAAUAACAGCAAAGCUUAUUAUCGCAGGCAUCUUCCUACCUAUUCUGCUAACUGUCAUCUCGUGGAAAGCGAUUUAUAUAACACUAAGCAAACCAUGGUCAACUCAUUGUAUCAAACCACUGCUGGUUUUGUUAUCUUUGACGACAAUAAUUGCAGGAGCUGGAUCAGUCUGGUUUGCAGCAUUUUCAUUCAAUGCUAUGCAUUGUGUAACUAAGAUAACGCCAGCUGUUGGAUUGGAAUAUAAACAGAAUGACACAACGACUCCCGCAAUACUGUUACAUACACGAAGCAAUUCAUAUUAUGUAGUUGGGGUCAAGAAUAUAUUAACACAAGUUGACUUAAGCCUCGACGUUCACUUUGAAUGUUCAAAAAAACAUGCAAAAAUGGGAUUAAAAUGUGAAGAAAUAAGUUUCACUUUUCAAUACCAUCCUGAAAACUAUUCCAUCACAUACGAGUAUACAAAGAGAGAUGAAGAUGGCAGAGUUUCUACAAAUGAAUUACCGGGACGACUCGGCUGGGCAUGUAAUUUAUGCCAUUUAGGUGAAGUGCUGAGAAGGAAUGAUCAAGGAACAGUGGAAAAGCCACCAAAGAGUUCUAAAGACAGCAACAUUGGGCUACCACACUGUGCCACAAUACCCCAAUGGCUUUACUACUUCCUAACUGGUUACACAUUUUUAAUCAUCAUCAUAUUCUUGCUUAUCAUUACACAAGCUGUGAUGGUAAAACACAAAGAAGAACACAGACAAGUCAGAAGACUUUCUUCCAAAAUUGCGGAUCUUUCAGAUUUUCCUCUACCUCAAUCGUUUGUGACGCCAGCAACUUCAGGGAAUAGUUACAGGAAGAAAGAAGUAACUCCCUUGCCAGGUUUGAAGCGAAUGGUGAAAACAAAACUACACGGUUCUCACUUGAAAGAAAUAGAAAGAGCGGCAACGAGGCAGGAGAAAAAAGCAAAAGUAACGUACAGCCAUUUGACUAGACUCAGCACGCCAAACAAUGUACCUGCUGCCAUUCCCAGAACACCUAGGAUAAUCAGGGUACCAAAGGGCACUGCCAUGAACCUUGUAAGAAGAGAGACAAAAUGAGCAAAGAAGGAAGAGCAGAACUAUUCUUUAUGCAAAAAACUUUUCUUUGAGCCAAAAUAUAGUUUUGUAGUUGCAAAAUAACUGAAUAAGACAUUUAUACUCAGUUGUUUUGGUUUUUUU